AUGUUGAGGCAAAUCUUGAGUAAGCUCCCAAGAAAAUCUUUAAAAACUGACUCAGCUGAGUCUAUUCGGCCUGAGUCACCCUUAACUCAGCAGAGAUCCAAUGGCUCAGCUGCAGGUUUGGGUAAAUCAUCCAGUGGUCCGAAAAGAACUUCUUCUGUUGUGUUUCCAGCUAGUGUGGUUGCUGGGAUUGAGCCACUCGUGCCUUUCAAAGAUGUGCCUAAUGCAGAGAAGAUGAAUCUCUUUGUGAGCAAAGUAAGCCUUUGCUGCGUAACUUUUGAUUUCAGUGACCCAAGUAAGAAUACACUUGAAAAGGAUGUAAAGAGACAAACUUUACUUGAACUUGUUGAAUUUGUUGCUUCUGGGUCUAUGAGAUUCAGUGAACCUGCCAUUUUAGCAAUGUGUAGAAUGUGUGCUGUUAAUUUGUUUAGAGUGUUUCCGCCAAAUUAUAGGUCAAAUUCGAGUAGCGUUGCCGAGAAUGAUGAUAAUGAUGACCCCAUGUUCGAUCCUGCGUGGCCACAUUUGCAAAUUGUGUAUGAUUUGUUGCUUAGAUUCAUCAAUUCUUCUUGCUUAGAUGCUAAAGUUGCAAAGAAGUACAUAGACCAUUCGUUUAUAUUGAGACUGCUUGAUUUGUUUGGUACGGAGGAUCCGAGAGAAAGGGAUUGCUUGAAGACUAUAUUGCAUAGGGUUUAUGGGAAGUUUAUGGUGCACAGGCCAUUUAUUCGAAAGUCUCUAAGCAAUAUAUUCUAUCGGUUUGUGUUUGAGACCGAGAAACAUAAUGGGAUUGCAGAGUUGUUGGAGAUUUUUGGGAGUAUAAUUAGUGGGUUUGCCUUGCCUUUGAAAGAGGAGCACAAGAUUUUCUUGUGGAGGGUUUUGAUUCCUCUGCAUAAGCCGAAGUCUGUGGGAGUUUACUUUCAGCAGUUGUCUUACUGUGUGAUACAAUUUAUUGAGAAGGAGCCCAGGUUGGCGAGUAUGGUAAUAAAGGGGAUACUGAAAUACUGGCCAAUAACUAAUAGCCAGAAGGAGGUAAUGUUUCUGGGUGAGUUGGAAGAAAUUUUGGAAGCAAUUAGCAUGGUGGAGUUCCAAAAGGUCAUGGUUCCAUUGUUCUGGCGGAUUGGAUGCUGCAUUAAUAGUUUCCACUUCCAGGUGGCUGAAAGAGCCCUCUUCUUAUGGAACAAUGACCAAAUUGUCAACUUGAUUGCUCAUAAUAGGCUUGUGAUUCUGCCUAUCAUAUUUCCGGCAUUAGAGAAGAAUGCUCACAGCCAUUGGAACCCAGGGGUGCUCAAUUUAACACAAAACGUCAGAAAGAUGUUCUCUGAGAUGGAUGAUGCCUUGUACUUGGCCUGCCUUGAUCAAUUCAAGGAGGAUGAAGAAAAGCUAAGCUUAUUGGCUGAGCAGCGGAAGGAAGCGUGGCGGCGGCUGGAGUAUGCAGCCAGUCUCAAGCCAGUAACCGGAAACACUGCCGUUUUGGUAACUCCUUUGGCAACUUCAAUUGCCUGUUAA